AUGCCCGAGACCGGACAGGACGCCCCCGGCAGCCAAGCGCAGCCCCCGCCGCCGCAGCAGCAACAGCCCCCUCCGUCGUCGCAGCCCAAGGAGUCGCCGUUCUCCAUCAAGAACUUGCUCAAUGGGGACCACCCCAAGGCGUCUCCUAAGCAGCCCCGGGCGCUCUUCCCUCCGGUGGCCAAGGGGGCUCUGGAGGGGGCCGGCUUCGCCCUGUCGCAGAUGGGUGACCUCGCCUUCCCGAGAUUCGAGAUCCCGGCGCAGAGAUUUGCUUUGCCUGCACACUAUCUGGAGAGGUCCCCUGCCUGGUGGUAUCCUUACAGUUUGACGCCCGCCGGAGGCCACCUGCCUAGGCCAGAAGGUACUGGAGAUCAAAGUCCUCUCUCCAUCUCUCUCCCUCUUCCCCUCCCCAGUCUAUUCAGCCCCCCACCCACCCAUCCAUUUCAGUAACCCAUUCGAGCCAAGGGGGUCCAGGUCUCUUCCUGAAGGAAGCCCAAGUCUUUGUCACCAAGAUGAUUGGACUCCAUCUCCAUUGCUCCGUUGUGGUUUUCCUCGGUGGUCUCUGCUCUCCAGGGUCAGCCAGGUCUCCCCUUCUUCUCCCAAACAAGCUCUCCCCUGGGGCAAAUAAAGCCUUCCAGGUGUGAGCUGGGGUUUCCCCAUAUCAAUGAGAAGUAGCGAUGUUUCCUUAGUCAUCACUGACUUGUAGGCACUCGCCAGAAGAACAUUUAUUUAGUUUUGUGGAGAUCAAAGGUUGGCUUUCGUUUCAUCACCAAGAAACUAUAUGCACUGAACGGAGUCCCCGUCUUUCCACCCCUGGCCACCUUCUCAUCCCCAUCUGCGCCCCAUCUGUUACUCUCCUCUCCCCUCCAAGUUUGGUGCCACUCUAAUUUCCACGGGAUUUAUUCAGAAACAAGAGGCAUUUAUCAUACUGUAUCUAAAUAUCUUAUCUCUGGUUCCGUCUCUCGUCCCAACCACACUUUCUUGGAAGGAAGUCCCAUGAAAUCCCCCACAGGACUUGCUUCCAAAGAAGUGUAGCUAGGAUCCGACGAGGCUUACUCACAAGCAAAUCAGCCUAUCAACUAACGGUGGGGAUGUGUCUGAGAAGCAAGGAAAAGGCCAUUUCAGGAAGUUCAUUGACUUCCACGGUGCUCACGCUCAAGUUAGGAGCAGUUAGGAUCGCAGCCUUUCGGUGAAGGAGCCCAGGGCUCAAUCCUUAAAAACUCAGAACUUGAAAGUCAGCUCCAUACAGCUAAAUGGGACUUGUUCUCCAGCCCAUUGCAGGAAUAGGAGGGAGUCAAGGCUGCUGGGUGGAGGGCAGGAGGAAGUCCCACAGCGCUCAAUGGGGCUUAGUCCUAAGAGAAGUGUGCAUUGGAUUUCAUCCCGACUUAAGUGACUGGGAAUAAAAAUGACUUCUUCCCAAGCACACAGACUGCAGAUUUCCCUAUUGUCCUACUCAGAACAGACCCAUUGAAAUGAAUGGACCUAAGUUAGUCAUGGCCAUUCAUCUCAAUGGAUCUACUCUAAUCAUUCUGUUCUCAUAACUGCCAUCAUACGCAUUUUUUCCCUUUACCGAGCAGAGAAGUCCCAUUAACUGUAUCAAACGUGCCAGGUCUCUUUCUCGGAAGUGUCUCUGCAGAGUCACCCCGAAGAGGCAGCGUCCCAGCGUCCUCCUAGGUGCGUUUCCUCGAAAGUAAGCCCCAGCUGUGUCCCACUAGGUUUACUCCCUCGUGAGUUCAGUCACAAGCCCACUUUCCAGGGAGUGAGCUCCACUCCGCUCAGCAGGGAGGAGAGAGAGAGAGAGCUUGACAGUCGAGCAGGGUUGACGGUGGCCUCGCUGGCUGCUCGGAUCUUGACUUUUGCUCUUUGUGUGCGUGUGUCUUGCUGUUCCUCUGCAGUUUCCGUGGACAAAGCCUUCCUCAGAGACUCCUCGCCGGCCUCGGUGGGCACAGACAGGGACUCCCCGGACGAGCCCUUGCUGAAGGCCGAGCGAGAGGCGAAGGAGCUGGACUCCAAGAGCCCCGACGAGAUCAUCUUGGAGGAGAGCGACUCGGAGGAGGUGAAGAAGGAGGAGAGCGGCGCCGAGGACUGGCCAAAGCGCGAGUCGGAGGCGGGCAGCCCGGAGAAGAAACCUUGCCGCAAGAAGAAGACUCGCACCGUCUUCUCGCGCAGCCAGGUCUUCCAGCUGGAGUCCACCUUCGACAUGAAGCGCUAUCUGAGCAGCUCCGAGCGCGCCGGCCUGGCCGCCUCGCUCCACCUCACCGAGACUCAGGUCAAGAUCUGGUUCCAGAACCGGCGCAACAAGUGGAAGCGGCAGCUGGCAGCCGAGCUGGAGGCGGCCAACCUCAGCCAUGCUGCGGCGCAGCGCAUUGUCCGGGUGCCCAUCCUGUACCACGAGAGCGCCGGCGCCGACGGCGGGGGCAGCGGGGCGGGCGGAGGCGGCGGAGGCGGCCCGACGGCGACCAGCGCGCCUGUCAGCCAGCCCCUGCUCACCUUCCCCCACCCCGUCUACUACUCGCACCCCGUGGUCACCUCCGUGCCGCUCCUGCGGCCCGUCUGA